AUGCGUACUCCUCUUGGUGAAACGGUCCUCCCGGAAAGGCUAGCCAAGAGUAUGUAUGAUCAGCUUUCUGACAGAAUUCGGAAAUUCUCGAAACGUCUCUGUCUCGCGGGCGUCUUAGCUAGCGACGACGCCGGCUCGCACCAAUACGCAGAAUGGACCCGGGAAACCUGUCAAACUGUUGGCGUAGACUUUUGUCUGAUACGUUUGUCGCCUAGAAAUGUGGCAACGUACAUCAAGGCGCUCAACGUGAACCCCUGUAUCCACGGCAUCAUCGUGUAUUAUCCGAUAUUUGGAGACUCGAGAGAUGAGGAGCUGAAAACUAUCGUCAAUCAUGCGAAGGACGUUGAAGCUCUCAACCGCGAGCCCUCGCUCCGAUUCCCCGAAGUCACAGAGAGUCGAGAGCAGGCCCGUUUGGCGCCCACACUAGUGCCAUGCACGGCAAGGGCCGUCGAGUUUAUUCUACAUCAUAUUGGAAUCUACGAUCAGAGACUCCCCGCGAAGCAACAACUAAGGAAGUGGGAGAUCUGUAUCAUUAACCGAUCUGAUGUCGUGGGGCUCCCCCUUGCCCGUUUGCUGGCGGGCCAGGGAGCCCGUAUCUACAGUGUCGACAUCACAGGAGUUCAGCUCUUUCAUCUAGAUAAUGCCCCAUAUGGAGUGGAUAAGGUGCAAAGUGUAGCCACCCAAUGGACGCUGCAAGACGCCGUGAAGAUGUCUAGCGUGAUCAUCUCGGCGGUCCCACACUCUGCGUUUAAGGUGGACACGAAAUGGCUUCGAAGCGGGGUAAUCUGCGUCAACCUUUCUUCAUGCAAGAAUUUUAAGCCAGACGUCCUUGAAAUUGCCUCCAAAUUCGUGCCGCGUGUUGGAAACCUGACUAUUGCUGCUUUGCUAAAUAAUCUCCUUGAUUGUGUAAAUUGA